CUCAAUUUGCUUCUUAUUCUAUGGGUCUUUUAUAAAAUCAGAAGCUUCAGAGCGUAGACUCCAAUAAAACUAAUAGUCGUAUCAAUGGCAAGUUCAACCUCUGCACUCAACAGAAGGCUAGAAGGAAAAGUUGCGCUGAUAACAGGAGGAGCUAGUGGCAUCGGAAAACGCACUGCGGAAGUAUUCGCCGAACACGGAGCGAAAGUAGUGAUCGCUGACAUCCAAGACGAACUGGGCCAUUCCGUUGUUCAGUCCAUUGGGCCAUCAACAUGUUCUUACGUCCAUUGUGAUGUCACCGAUGAAAACCAAGUCAAAAAUGCUGUGGACAAAGCUGUAGAAACCUAUGGGAAACUAGACAUCAUGUUCAACAACGCUGGCAUAGUUGAUCCCAACAAGCACCGAAUCAUUGACAACGAAAAAGCUGAUUUUGAACGUGUACUCAGCGUCAAUGUCACAGGUGUUUUCCUAGGGAUGAAGCACGCGGCGCAGGCGAUGAUCCCAUCACGCAGUGGUAGCAUUAUCUCUACGGCUAGCAUAAGCUCUUACGUUGGUGGUGCAGCCUCGCAUGCGUAUUGUUGCGCUAAGCAUGCGGUGGUUGGUCUAACUAAAAAUGCAGCGGUUGAGCUUGGACAGUUCGGAAUAAGGGUGAAUUGUUUGUCACCUUACGCUCUUGCUACUCCCUUGGCCACCAAGUUCGUUGGAGCCGAUGAUGAGGGGCUGGAGAGUAUCAUGAGCUCGCUCGCUAAUCUCAAGGGUGUCACCCUUAAAACGGAUGAUGUGGCUAAUGCCGCACUUUACUUUGCUAGUGAUGAUUCUAGGUACGUCAGUGGCCAUAAUUUGCUCAUAGAUGGAGGCUUCAGCAUUGUCAAUCCUUCCUUUCACAUGUUUCAGUACCCACAGUCGUGAUUUUUGUACUAUGAGAGUAAUUGACAUGCAUGAGUAGUGUAUGAAAAUUACAAUAAAAAGGGCUCUUGUAGGGCUUUCGUCGGAGAAUGUUCUGUUGUUACUUGCGUGCUUAAGCUUAAUUCUUCUCUAGCUUGUAUCAGCCGCUGAAUAAAGAUAUUAUUGCUGCAAAA